GCGUCCGCGGGUUCAAGGGCGGGGCGUCACGUCACGUCUCUGGGGUCAUGGUCGCUCUGCUCCUGCUCCCUCCGGAAGCUGGGGAUCGGGCUUCCCAGCGCUGCCGCCUCGGGCCCCGGGCCUUGGCUGCUCUGGGCCUUGGCCUGGGCUCCCCGCUGCGGGUCUCGUUACCGGGUGGCUCCGCUCUGUGUUCCGCCUGGCCGCGGCCAGACCAGGCCGAGGGAUUCUUGCAGCUCGACACCACGUGCGUGAGUCCGGGGCUGCUGGAGAGACCGGGCUCGGGCCGGGGCAAGAGGCUGAGCCUCGGGCAUUUAGAGCCUCUGUCCUCCGUUAAACUGAGGCGGGUCCGGGUGCGGACUGUGCAGGCGCCUGGGCCGUGGGGAGAGGUCGGGCCUGCUGUUCCAUCGGACGCCGAGCUGUUGUUGCUGAAGGAGCUGCUCAGGGGGCUUUUCCUCCGCCCGGCGUUUGUGGUGACGGCGGAGGCCGCGGCCUGGCCUGGGCUGUUCUUGGUGGAAGUGGCCGCAGUGGAGCCGGAGCUGUGUCCAGGUGGAGCCGGGCUCAUGGGCCCUGGGACCCAGCUGGAGGUGGCGGAGCGGCUGAACCUGGAUCAGUUUCGAGCCCGAGGUCGGGGCCUGGGCCUGGGCGGACUGCACCACUCCGCUGCCCCGCUCCGAGAGAUGCUGAACCUCCCGCUUCGCUUCCCGCAGUCCCUGCGUCGCCUCGGGCUGUCGUGUCCACAGGGGUUACUGCUGCUUGGGCCCCCGGGGGUGGGGAAGACGGCGCUGCUCCGGGCCGUGGCCCAGGACUUGGCCGCGCCGCUGGUCCUCGCAUCUCCCGCCACACUCCGGGGCUCCCGGCCGGGCGACAGCGAGCAGAGGCUGCGCCGCCUGUUCGCCCAGGCCCAGGCCAAGGCCAAGGCCAAGCCCUGCAUCCUCUUCAUCGACGACAUUGAGUCAUUGUUCCCCCGGAGGGCAGCGGCGGGGAGCCGGCCUGAGGACCGUCUGGUAGCCCAGCUCCUCACCCUGAUGGACGGCCUGAAACCUCGCAGUCGCCUAGUGGUGGUAGCGGCCAGCAACUGCCCUGAGGCCUUGGACCCUGCCUUGAGGAGGCCCGGCCGCUUUGACCGAGAGAUCUUAAUUGGGGUUCCAACGAUGUCGCAGCGCCAAUCCAUUCUGGAAGUAGUAACCUCAUCAAUGCCUCUGAGGGCUGAUGUUGAUCUGACCUGGCUGGCAGAAGCUACAAGUGGUUAUGUCGGUGCUGACCUAACAGCUCUCUGCCGAGAGGCUGCUCUGCAGCUCGUGAGGCGCAGCUCCCAGGACACAGUGAACAAGGAAAUCACCUUUGCAGACUUCAGAGAAGCAAUAAAGGUUGUGCAGCCUUCCUGUCUGAGAAGCAGCGUCGGGCUAACUGACUUCAAACCUGUCCACUGGGAUCAAAUUGGUGGCCUGGAUCAAGUGAAAUUGAAAUUGAAACAGAGUAUUCAGUGGCCAGUGCUGUACCCGCAGGCAUUUGAGAGGAUGGGAGUGACCCCCACUCGUGGGAUUCUGCUGUAUGGACCCCCAGGAUGUGCAAAAACCACGUUGGUGAAAGCUGCAGCCUCCAGCUACCGCUGUUCUUUCCUGUCGAUCAGUGGGGCAGAUCUCUUUUCACCAUUUGUAGGUGAUUCUGAAAAGAUUUUGGCUCAGGUUUUUCAGCAAGCUCGAGCUGCAGCUCCAUCCAUCCUGUUUCUGGAUGAAAUUGAUUCCAUCUUUGGAUCGCGUUCAUUUGAUGGAGCAAAUGGCCGUUCUGUUAAAGAGCGGGUACUCUCUGUUCUUCUUAAUGAGAUGGAUGGAAUUGGCCAGCCAUUGAUUGGGAGGAGAAUCUCAGAGAGGAACAUACUUGCAUCUGAAGCAAAUCAAGUUGAACCGACAAAAAAGUUUCAGGAGGUUUGUAACAAAAAUGUGAUCGUGGUUGCAGCUACAAAUCGGCCAGACCUAUUAGAUGAUGCUUUGUUGCGACCUGGAAGAUUUGACCAAAUCAUCUUUGUUCCAUCUCCAGAUGAAAAAACCAGACUUUCCAUACUGAGGAUCUGUACUUCCAAAACUCCACUGGAUGAUGUGUCUUUGGAGGGACUGGCAGCUGAGACAGCUGGGUUUACUGGAGCAGAUAUACAAAAUUUAUGCAAAGAGGCUGCACUAUUGGCUCUUCAAGAAAAUGGACUGGAUGUUGCAGCUGUGAAACAUGAGCAUUUUCUCAAAUGUCUUCAGAGUCUAAAACCAUCUUUGAGUGGUCAACAGUUGCAUUUCUAUCAUCAUUUAUUCUCUACAGUGACCCAGGCGAUAACAUGAUUUUUCUCAUUGCAGUCAAGGACAAGCUAGCAUAAAGAACCAAACUAGGAUAGAACUGUAAUUGUAUUCUGUAAAUGCAUAUUGUGUUUCAAAAAUCAGAAAUCUGAAAAAGUAUCAAUCUGAUUAUCAAAUAUAAACUGCAGCAGUUCAAGAAGGUAGCUCAUCACCAUCAUUCGCAGCAAAACUGGAACAGUCAAUACAUACCGACCCAGCCAGUAACUCCCACAUCUCUCAAAUGAAUAAAGACAUGUACAACACGCACCUAUUACAGCCAAGAUGGAGAGGUGCCAACCUGCUGUGAUUCAUUAUUUAAUGUAAAAUGAGAAGAUAUUUGAUCAUUGUCCUCGUCAGUGAGCACCACCUGAAGCAAUAACUAUGAGGGUGUUCAGUAUCAUCUUUGUGUUUUCCAUUCCCUGAUGAAUGCUGACCCCAUUAUGAGUAGGGAACAUAGGUUCAUCCAGUGCUAACGAUGGGCGAGUGGAGUUUACCAACAGUGGUGUUUUAUAGGUGUAAACCUUCUGUCUAGUUCUGUUGCUUUGAAUUAAUGGAUCCAGCUGCAUGCAGCAGAUUAUACUCUAAAACAAAUUAGUGUGUUCUCACCCUGACAUCAGCCCCAUCCUGCAGAGAGAAGAGUGUCUGCAGAUGAUGGAGAGAUGAGUUUUUAAGGUUGUCUUUGGAUAAAAGAUCUAACUGGUUUAAGAGAAAUUGUAGCUGAGGGUAGUGUCCCAUGUUAUAGAACAGCAGGAGUGGAAAAAGUGCAGCCCAAAAAUCCAGUAUUCAUGUUGACCAGACUGGAGCAAAGCUGCAGAGGUCAGGUUUCAGUUGAUCAGUUUAGGGGAGAGGGGGUGGGGCCGUUUGAGAAGGAUCAAUUUCAAGUGUCAGUUGUAUUGAAGUUGAAAGUAACAUUUUGUUUUCACUAUCAAUGAUAUACUCGGUCUCCAUCUUGUUGAAUGCAGUCUAUCACUUGAGCAACUAGAUGGACCUCCCCAAAAAAAACUGUUGCUGUGGCAAUACAGAACUUGUUGUAUAAUGGUGAUUGGAAGGUAUCUUCACUAAUAUCAGUGAUUUAGCAUUGGAACAUUUCUUGCCAAAGGGUGUCUCUUUCUCCCUCCCCCCCCCCCCCCCCCCCCCCCCCCGCACAUUGUCUUGCUCCCACAAACACUUUCUUGCCCAUUUUGUAAAUAGUUUGCUUUGAAAUUGCCAAGGAGACAUGGAGAAAGCCGAAAUCUCUGUUCAGCAACAAUGUGUCGUUCCAGUCUACAAAUCAGCUUUCUGUCGGUGAUGAAAACCAGAGGAAGCUCUUUAGCACUGUUCAUCAUUCGGUUGGAUUGUGAUUGAUCUAUGACCUAGCUGCACUUAACUUGCUUUUGACCUUGGUUCGUGGGAGAGUAACUUAAUGGGACAUUUGCAUGUUCAGACAGCGAGGGAAUAAGCAAAGAACUGUGGGUGCUGAAAUCGAAAACAAAAACAAAUUGCUGCAGAAAUUCAGCAGGACAUCAUCUGUAGACAGAAAGAAUCAUCCAGUGAUGACUACAGAAGAUGACUCUUUAUCUGAUGUCAGGUCACAAGACUCUGCUUUUGCUCCACAGGUGCUACUAGACCAAGAUAGGGAGGUCACAUUAUUGGUUUAUGGAAUCAAUCAGCUUUUGAAGAGAGAUGAUCAGAGGGAGAAUCAAAAUAAAGGUAGAUUGAAUAAACUGAGGGAGGCGAAAGCAGUAAUUGCAAGUCUGGAAUUGUAUUGAAGACCACAAACUCGAGGGGAGCUUGAAGGGCAAAUGUUAAGGCAACAUGCUAAAAAUGUCGGGAGUCCUGAGUAAUUCCAGGCCAAAAUGUUGAGCACAAAACUGGAGAAAAUGUCAGUUUGAAAGACAUUAGUCAAGGGCAGAGAGCAUGGAUUUGUUAAGAAGGUUACAAGCUCAGUGGCAAGUGGAAUUCAAUCUGGAUAAAGUAAGGUGAUACACUAGGGCAGGACAAACAAGACAAGGAAUUACAUGAAUGGUAGGACUCUUGGUAAGCACCAAGGAUCAGAGUGUGCAAUAUCCACCCAUCCUUUAAGAAAGCAAAAUAAUGGGUAAAGUGAUUACCAAGGUCUAUGGAAUAACUAUCUUUAUUAGCUGAGACAUAAAGUUGAAAAGCAGUGAUGUUAUGCUGGAACUGUGUGAAAUGUUGGUUAGGCAACAGGUAGAGUAUUGUGUACAGUUCUGAAAUCCACAUUAUAGGAGCAAUGAGAUUGCACCGGAGAGGAUGCAGGGGAGAUUUACCAGGAUAUUGGCUGGGCUGGAGAGUUUAUAAAGAGAAAUUGGAUAGACUCAAGUUGUUUUCCUUAAAGCAGAGGAGAUUGAGGGAAGUCAUGAUUUAGAUGCAUACAAUUAUGAGGGAUGCAUAGGUUAGAAAAGACGAGACUUUUCCAGCUAUAGGUUUGCUUGUUGAGCUCAAAUGUUCGUUUUCAGACAUGUUGUCACCAUACUAGGUAACAUCAGUGAGCCUCCAGAUGAAGUACUGGUGGCAUAGCCUGUUUUCUAUUUGUGCUCAGGUUUCCUUGGGUUGGUGGUGUCACUUCCUGUGGCGUGGGAGGGUGCUAAAUGGGAUCCAAGUCAAUUUGUUGAUAGAGUUCCGGUUGGAAUGUUGGAUAGAGUUCCAGCUUCUAGGAAUUCUUAUACGAGUCUCUGUUUGGCUUGUCCUCGGAUGGAUGUGUGGUCCCAGUCAAAGUGGUGUCCUUCUUCAUCUGUAUGUAAGGAUAUUAGUGAGAGGCUCGUAUCGUUUUGUAGCUAGCUGAUGUUCGUGUAUCCUGUUGGCUAGCUUUCUGCCUGUUUGUCCAAUGUAGUGUUUGUUACAAUUCUUGCACAGUAUUUUGUAAAUGAGUUUCGUUUGUUGUCUGUAAAACAGACUGUAUAAGGAGACUUUUCCCCUUGAUGGAGGAUAACUGAGCAGAGGCAUAGAUUUGUAAGAGGCAGGAGAUCUAGAGGGGAUGCGAGGAAAAACCUUUCUACCCAGAAGAUGUAGGAAUCUGGAACUCUCUGCCUGUAAGGGUGUUCUGAGCAGAAACUCUCCGAACAAUAAUGAAGUUUUUAAAUGUGUACUUGUAAUGCCAAGUACGAAAAGUGUGAUUAGAUUAGUUGGCUGUUUUUUCACUGGUGUAGACUGGAUGGAUUGAAGGGCCUUUUUCUGUGCUGUGAAUCUCGACUUUUAUAUUGGAAGACAAUGUGGCGGUGUGCUGUAGUCGACAUGGAUGUCAGCAAGGCCAUUAUCAUGGCCCUGUUGUGUAGACCAGUCAUGAAAAUGGAGUUACGGUGAACGGCCUUGGGACUAAAAUAAUCUUUCGAUGCGUUCCGUUAUUGUCUCCCUGCUGUUUGUGGGGUAGGUCAAUGAUUUAGACUAAAUGGAGGAACAUGAUUUGGGAUGAUUUUGCCGGACUCUAAAAUGUUAUGUCUGAGAUUGUUUACUCAGGACUAGUGAAUCUGACGGGAGAUUUAAUUAAGAUGGAUAAAUGAUGAGGGAUUUGGAAAUCUUCCCUUAACAGAAGAGUCAGCAGCCAGAGGACAGCGAUUAAAGUAAUCGGAAUCAGGAUUAAAAGAGUGAGAAAAGUUUCCAUUUAGAAGAUAGAGCACUGAAACUUAGAAACCUCAUUGCAUUUUAGAAACACUUGAGUUUGCAGGUGAAGGGCUGGAAUCCAUAGGGAAGUAGCUGAAUAGUGAUAAUACCUACAAUGUCAUCAAUGUUUCUGCAGCUCGGCCUGUGCUGUAUAACCUCAGCAAUGUGAUCUUCGCUGGACCUUUCCCUCAUCAACCCCGCUCCAGCCAGUUGGGAGGAAUGCGGGAUUCUGCCAGAAGCAUCCUCAUUUCCUUCUAAUCCUCUUCCUCCCAGACAAUGUAAACAAAGUGAUCAAAUUACUGGAACGGAAUUAGUUAAUUAACCCACUAGAAAUGAAUAUUUUAACCAAGCAGAUUUUGGUAUAAUUUGAUCCGUUACCACUUCAUUCACCCUGCAUCAAUAUCCUUUUUAUUCAUCUGUCGUUUUCGUUACUGACUUUAAAAAGACUUGCACCUAAGUUUCAAGUUCAAAACAUGAAUAAUAAAACAUGAAAAAUGCUGCCGAGAGAAGCAGCAAGUAGA